AUGACAGAUAUAAACAAGAGAUCAGUAAGAACUCGAAGAAAGAAAACUAUGAAUUCUUUAUAUUAUAAUAGUGAUUAUAGUAAUGAUUUAAAUAAUGAAGAGUCAAAAAAUAAAAUAAAUUUUAUUAAAAAAAGCGAUACACUAACAACAACUACUACGUCUAGUACUACUACGAAUAAUAAUAAUAACACUAAUAAUAGUAGUCAUAAAUUAAAAGAGAAUUCAAAAAAGUAUUUAGAAUUAUAUAAUAAUAAUAAUAAUAAUAAUAUUAGUAGUAGGCAGCAGGAAGGAUCAAGUAAUAACUCAUUGAUGAAUAACCUAAAUGGUAAUUCUAUAAUAUCGCAUGAUCAUAAUAAAAAGUUUGACUACUCAGAAGAAAUUAGUAGUAGCAAUACAUGUAGCAAUACAAAUGGUAAUAUAAAUAGUAACACAAAUGGCAAUAUAAGUAACAGUGCAAGUGAUGAUGAAAGUAUAAUAAAAAUCAGAAAAAGCAAUAAAUGGAAUGAUAAUAAUAUAAAUGUGAAAAAUGAAGUAAAAUUAGAGAGUACUACUACAUCAUCGAAAAUAGAUAAGAAUAAAAAUUACACAAGUGCAAAUAUAUCAGGUACUAAAUGUAGUUAUAAUCGUGUAAAACAUAUAUCAAAUAAUAGUGAAAAUAAUUAUGCAAAAAUGGCAGAAAAGUUACCCCAUGUUGUUGGAGUAAGAUUUGAUAAAUCACAAAAUAGAUGGUUAUCAGGAAUUUGUAUCAAUGGUAGAUGUAUUAAUAGAUAUUUCCCAGUUUAUAAGUAUGGUUUUGAAGAAGCCAGAAAAUUAGCUAUACAACAUAGAAAGAAUUUUGAAACAGCUAAUAUAGGUCAUAUAAAAAAGCAACAAGGAGAAUCAAAAACGUCUCACCUAAAUCUACUUAACAUUAAUUCCCAGAUUCCAAAUGGAUUCAAAGAUAUUCAAGGAAAAAACAAACUAAUUUUUAAAUACUUGUCAUAUGACUCUAUUCAGAAGGAAUGGGUAGUUACGUAUGACUAUGACAACAAGGUAUUAGUGAAUAAAUUUCCCGUAGAUAUUUACGGUUAUAAUAAUGCAUAUGAAAUGGCUGUCCAUUGUAUUAAUAAAUUGACCAUAUGUAACCAGGAUAAUAACAAGAUGUGUAAAAAUGUGAACAAAAGUGAAAAUCCUAAGAAUUUAAAAGGUGAAAAUAACAAUGUGAGCAGUAAUAGCAGCACAAUUUGCAGUAGUAAUAUUAGUACCAUCGGUGGCAGCAAUAUCAGUACCAUUGGUAGCAGCAAUAUCAGUACCAUUGGUAGCAGCAAUAUCAGUACCAUUGGUAGCAGCAGUAUCAGUACCGUUGGUAGCAGCAAUAUCAGUACCAUUGGUAGCAGCAAUAUCAGUACCGUUGGUAGCAGUAAUAUCAGUACCAUUGGUAGCAGUAAUAAUGUCAACGGGCAUGCACAAAACGACUUAAACGAUCACGAUGGUGCCAAUAUGCCCUUUUCUUUACGCAGAGACAAACUUAGUAAGUUAAUUAACGCAAAUAACAAUAAUCUUAUAACACAUAAUAAUAAUAAUAGUAAGCUAAAUUUUGAGCGUGGGGAAGCUGGUUACAUAAACCAUAGCAUCCAUAGCAGUCAAAUCAGCCAUAAUAAUCAUAGCGGUAAUAACAUCCAUGGAAACCAUAGCAUGCUUAAUAUGGAUAACAUGAAUAACAGCCACAGUAAAGACUUUGACUGUAUUGAUGAAGAACAAAAACAUUUUAUAGAUAUAGAUACAUCGAACCAAGGAGAUAAUAAAUCCUUUUUAAGUGAUUCGAAUAGUCAUUACAAAAAAGAAUCCUCCUUUUUAAGUAAUGACUUAAAACUUUUAAACGGAAUCAAACGCAUAAAUACAAACUCAACAAAUAAUAAUGAGAAGGAAAAUGGUAAUAAUACUAGCUCUUCCUUAAACCAUCAAAAUGUGAACAAUCGUGCACAUUUGAAUUAUAAGAAAGAUUUAUAUAAAAAUGAAUCUUCUUGUGUAUUAGUAAAUAAUUCAAAUUUUAAUAUUUUCAAUAUGGAUAAUGAGGUAGAAAAUACUACUAUGACCUCUUCAGAUAAUAAUAAAGAUUUUAUAAACGAGUUAGGAAAAAAUAAUGUACAAUCUAAAACAACAACAACUCAUUAUAAUAAUAAUUAUAAAAAAUUUAGUGAAGAUAAUGGGAAACUUCUUCAACUUUUGAAUAGUAAUUUAAUAAGUGACGAGGAUAAAAAUGCAUAUCUUCUUUUAAGUAAUGUAAUUAAACGAAACAAUAUUAUUAAGUCAUUUGACAAUAAUAGUAAUCAUCAUCCCUAUGGGGAAGAAAAAGACAAGCAAGAGAGGAAACUUAGCGCUCUUGUGAACAGCAGCGACUAUGAUUAUAGAGUUGACCUCCACAGUCGCAUUCAUGAUAACAGUAAUAGUAGUAAUAAUAAUAGUAACCAUACCAGUGGUAGCGGUAGCGGUAUUAAUAAUAAUAAUGAAUCGGGAGUAAGUGCAAACCGCCUAUCCGAUUAUCAGUCACAUGCAGCUUUUGCAAAGUUUAAUAAUAAUGCUAAUAAAGAAGGGAGUAGCAUUAGUAAUAUUAAUGUGGAAGAGAAGGAAAAAGAUAAAAAUAACAAUAGUAACAGUAACAAUAAUAGUAAAAAUAAUAGUUAUAGUAAUAGUAGUAGCACGGAUAAUGUAAUUACCUUAGAGCGCAAUGACACAUGGGAUGGAAAUAAAAUGUACGAAAAUUUGAAUAAACUUAAAGAGAAUAGAAAUGGAGAAGGAGAAAUAAUUUCGAAUGAUAAUAACAAGAAUGAAAAUGAAAAAAAUUUCAAAAUAAAUGAACAUUUAAAUUAUGAGAAUAUAUUAAAUUUCAACAAAAUGAUAAGAAAUAUAUUAAAUAAUAAUAGUGCAGAUAAUAAUGAAAAAAUAAUAAAAGGUAUUAAUAUCCUGAAGAAUAUGACAAUGAGUGAUAAGUUAAACGUGAUUAAUUUUAACAGGAUAUGUAAUAGUUAUUCUUUGAAUAGCAAGAAGGACGGAACUAACAGCACGGGCAUCGUAGGAGAUAUUGUUGACAACAACAAGAGUAAUAAUGAUACUGUCAGUUACAGUAACAGUGUUAGUGAGAAUAAUAACAACUGUCAGGUUGUAGAAAAAUGGAAUAGGCAAGAGCAGCAUAUAAACUAUGACGAUUACAUUAUAGUGAAAAACGAAGAAGACGAUGAUGUUGUAGAUAAUGAUGAUCAAGAAGAAGUGAAGAAAAGUGAUAGUAAAGAUUGUACACAGGAAGAGGUGGAAGAGAAAGAAGAGGAGGAUGAUAAGGAUGAGAAGGAUGAGAAGGAGCAAAAUAAUAAUAAGGAAAAAAUAACUACAUAUGAUGUAUUAACUGAAGUUGAAAAUAAUAAUUCUAUUGAAAAUAUUGAAAAGAAGAAUGACCCUAUGGAUGAAGAUGCCAACAUAAUGGCACGUACCAGUAGUAUUAUUAAUAAGUAUGAAGAAGAAGGUAAUAAUAAUAAAUCGGAUGCAGCCGCCAAUGACGGAGUAUCUGAUUGCAGUGCUGAGAAACUAAACAAUAACAGUAUUAAAGAUAGUAAUAAAAAAAAAGCAUCGUCAGAAAAAGUAAUAAAUAGUGAAUUCAAUGAUAUCGCUUUUAAAUUAUGCCCAUGGAAAAAAGGUAUACAGUGGGAUCAUAAGAAAAAUAUGUGGAUAUGUAAGUUAUGGAAUAAUAAUGGAAAUGAAAUUACCAAACAUAUUUAUGUAAAAAAUAAAGAGGGUAUAGAGAUAGGUUAUAACUAUUGUUCUAAAAUGCGUAUGACUAGUUUUGUAUACUAUUUAUUCAAAGAAUUAAAUAAGCUUCCAAAACUCGAAGAGAUUUCACACAAUUUAGAACAGUUAUGUUUCGUAGUAGAUUAUUAUAAAGAUAAUAAUAUAAACAGGAAACAAUUCUUUUUUGAGGAAGGAAUAAGUAAAGCUUUUAUAAAUAGUGUUGAUUAUUUAAAUAAACAAAAGGGUGAGAAUAAUGAUGACAACUUGUAUGAUAUCACCAAGUUCGUGAAUGAACAACAUUACCAUGAUAUAGAAUUAUUGGAUGAUCUUUUUAAAGAAUUAAACUACUUCGAAUACAACAGAAAUGUGAUAAAUGAUAGUAAUAGUAGUAUUAGGAGUUCAGAUAAUAAUGGUGAUAAUAAUGACUAUAGUAUAGGUAUUUUAAGUGGUGAUAAUUACAAGUAUGGUAAUAGCUGCUAUAGUAGUAACAGUUACAAUAGCGCCACCUGUGAACAAACGAAAACUGCUUACAGCUUGAAACCAUGGGUUAAAGGAAUAAUUUGGGAAGAAAAAAUGAAGAAGUGGAUUGUAUUUUUUAAGGAUAAGAAUAAAAAUUUAAGAAUAAGUUUCUUUAACCCUAGUGAUUAUAAUUCUGAUGUUGUUUUAUGUUAUAACAAAUGUUGUGAGUACGUUGCUCAAAUAAAAGAAUCAAAUAACUUUGAUGAAAACACAGAGGAGUUUUCAGAAUCCAUUCGAAAUUUUAUCAAAACGAUUGAAUUUGAUAAAAUUGUUCAUAAAAAUAAUAAAAUUGCGUAUGGCAGUAAUGCGUCCGCAGCUGCCACUGUAACAUCAAACACUAGUAACACUACCAUGUACGGGAAGAAAAAAGGGAAUAAUUUCCUUAGCUACAUUAACAGCAAGGAGGAAGAGGAAGACACAAGAUGUAAUGACGAAGACAGCGAAAUAGAGAGUGCCAUAAAUAUUAGCUUAGAUAAGAUGUUCUUUCAAAGGGAUAGUAACAACAACAGCAAUAGUAACAACAGCAAUAGUAACAACAACAGCAACAGCAAUAGCAACAGCAAUAAUAACAAUAACAAUAACAAUGAUCUUAACAGUAACAGUCACAGUAACAGUAGUACCUUUAACAAUGCAGGUAAUAAUGUAAGUGUCAAGGAAUCUUUAAAAAAAUUGAACUAUUUUGAAAAGAGGAAAUUUCACCUAAGUGGUAGUAGCAGCUUCUCGGAUUUGCAACCCUCUUCCCAUCAUCAUCAUUAUCAUCAUAAUGCUUCUACUGGAAAAAACAGUAGUAGUAGUAGUAGUAGUAACAAAGGUGGAAUCCAUUUUGAAUUAUCCAGUGGUAAUACAUCUUCAUUAAUUUUGGGGGAGAAUAAUGCAAAUUACAAUGCAAAUAAUAAUAACUCGCUAGAGAAUCAUAAAUUCCCUGUAUUGGAAUCAGAAGAAAAACUUCUGGAAGAAAAUAAAGUACUCCGUAAUCAUCACAGUGAGUUAUAUAACAACUUGAAUCAUAAUAUGAAAUACGAAGAAGAUGGUAAAAGAGACAGAAAAAAAAAAGGAGAAAUUGAAAAUAAAAACACAGACAAUAAUAGUAGUAGAAGUAGCAGUAGUAGCAGCAGUAGUAGUAACAGUAAUGGUAAUAAUAAUAGUACUGCCUGUACAAGUCAGAAAGAAGGCAAAAAAUAUAGUGGUCUUGGAGAAAACAACAAUGAUAGCAGCAACAACAGCAGCAGUAACAAUUACUACUAUAAUAGUGGACACCUGCUCAAUGGUGGACAUAUACAUGAUGAGGAGAACAUGUACAAAAUGGAUUUAUCAGAGUCGGAAAAACAAAAAAAAGAGAGCAUCAUGGUGAAUAAUGAGUAUGAUUAUUCGAAUAGUAAUUUCUUAGCAGAAGAUGGAAGUAGCAACGCUUCACCUGCAAGAGGAAUAAAAAGUGAAUUAAUAAAUUUUGAUUCAAACUUAUUAGCUGGUUCUAACAGUGUAGAAGCAAAUAGUGAUAUAAUGGUGAACGGAAGUAUUAAUCAACACAUCAUUAAUGGAAACAACAGUAUGUAUGAUAGUACAAAUAUUAAUAUUGGAGGAGGGGGAGGAGGAGUAUCCACGCUGAAGGAGUGUGACAUAGCAGGAAUGAUGCUAUCAUCAUAUGGAAAAGGUAUGAAUAAUAAUAAUAGUAAUACUAAUGGUAAUAAUAAUAGUAGUAGCAAUAAUUGUAGUAGCAAUAAUUGUAGUAGCAAUAAUAGUAGUAGCUAUAAUAAUAGUAGCAAUAAUAAUAGUAGCAAUAAUAAUAGUAGCAAUAAUAAUAGUAGCAAUAAUAAUAGUAGCAAUAAUAAUAGUGGGAAUAAUAAUAGUGGCAGUAGUGGAAGAUUGUUAAAAAAUUACGAUAAAUAUGUUAAUAUGGAAAAUAGAUCCAUUAAAAAGAGUACGGAAAAGCUAGAUAGCUUAAUUGACAACAGUGUAAAUGUAAGGCUACCGAAAAGUGAAAUAUUAAAUCAAGCUGCUAGCUUACCAAAAUUACAAGGUAUGUUCUUUGAUAAAAGAAGAAAUUACUGGACUGUUAGUGUAUGUGGUUUUAGAAAAUCAUUUGGAGUUAGAACAAGAGGAGUUUAUCAAGCUUAUAAAUUAGCUGCUGAGUUUAGAAAUCGUAUUUUAGAAACAAACAAAGGAAAAAGUUAUCCUCACAAAAGCUCAAGUAUGACAUGUAAUUACAAGUAUAAUGUAAAGAACGGAAUAAUAAAAGAUGAAAAGGCAAACUUUAUUACCGAUUCGGUUAAUUUGGGUGAAUUAAGCGAGAAGAAAACUACAUCCUUAUGUAAUAUGAGUAAUCAUAAAGACUUGUACACGUUAAAUGAGAGAAGAGGUAACUUCAAUUUGAAAAGUGACAAUAGAACUAAUACACAAGCGAAUGUGUACGAUUAUGUUUCAGAAAAAAAGGCAAGUGGUAUUAUGAACUGUAACAGCAAUAGCAGCAGCAAUAGUGUAUGUUAUGAGGAAAACUACAGUAAUACGGAAAACGAUAAGGCAGUGUAUAACCUAAAAUCCAGUAAGGGUAAUAGUAGUAAUGAUAAUAACAAGAAGGGUAGUAGAUCGAGUUACGCCCCAUCGAAAUAUGAUAACAGUGCUGCUUCUACGGAUGCUACUAUUACGAAUAGUAGUAGUAAUAUCAAUAAUAAUAAUAAUAAUAAUAAUGGAACUAACAGCAGUAGUAGUUGUGGUAAUGCUAUCGACUCGAGCUUAAUUCACUUUUUAAACGAUCCUGAUAUGAUGAAAGAAAACAAAAAUAACAACAGCAGCUUAUUUAAUAAGGCCAAUAAUAACAAUAUGCUUAAUAUUUCAUCAAGUAAUAGUGCAAUAAGUAAUACAGGAAUAACUACGAAUUAUAAUAAUUAUUCGCCCACUCAUAUAUAUGAAGUAGACAAUAUACAUAAUAAUAACAUCCAAGAUUAUUAUAUUAAAAGUGAACAUAUAAAAAAUGAUAUGACCAAAUCAGACGAAUACAAAAAUAGCACCACCAAGGGUGCUUGUAGUAGUUGUAGUAGUAGUAAUAAUAAAAAUUUGAAUCAUAACAUCCUAAUGAGGAAUUUCAUUAAUGGUGAUAAUAACGACGAUAAUAAUAAUAAUAAUAAUAGUAAUGUGAGAAUAAAUGCAAGCACAAAUGGGGUUGACAAUGACGGUGCGGGCACUUACAAUAAUGUGAGUAUUAUCAAUGGUAAUAACAAUGUAGAAAGUGGAGAAAAUAAUGUUGGAGGUAGUAGCAGUAGUAGUAGUGUUAGUACUAGUAACAAUGUUGGAGGUGGUAGUAGUAGUAGUUGUAAUAAAAACAAGCUGCAUAUGACAGCUAGCUAUGCCGAACAAUGUCAUGAAUUGUACGGGAAAAAUUUGAAUGGUGUAGUAGUAGGAUAUGAACAUUUGCUUCAUAACUGUAAAACCUUAACAGAUGCUAAUAUAAUAAAUAAACUGAACACUCAAAUUAUAGAUGAAAAGUUGUGCUUUGGAUAUACAAACAACAUGGCAGCAGUAUAUCCUUCAGAGGAGCAGUAUGAAAAUAAUAAAGAGGAUAUAUACAAAUCGUAUAAUUUUGACUCAGAUAAUAAUAAGCCUUUCAGUUUUAAUAAUACAUUUAUAGAUGAAACUGUAGAAGAAAGAGAUAUAAGAAUAAAUAAAGAAGUAAAUAAGUGUAAAUUUGUGGAUGGACUAAUUUAUGACGAAGCUAAUAAGUGCUUCCGUAUAAAAAUUAAUGGUUAUAGAAAGGCAUAUUCAGUUAUUAGAAGAGGAGUGAAAGAGGCUUAUAAGUUAAGUAUUGAGGCUAUACAACAAAUUAAAAGGCAAAACAAGUUAAGCGAUUAUAAUUGUGCUACAAGUACUAAUAUGAAUAAUAAUGGUAACAGUAAUAGCAAUUGUAAUAACAGUUGCAAUAAUAUUAGUAUUAAUUCAGAACAGACACAAAUAAAUUCAAAUAAUUUAACCCAUUUUUAUAAUUCUAGCUCUGAUAAUUCUAGACACGGUUCUCUCUACAAUUUCCAUCAUAAUAGCAGCAGUAGUGUUUGUAAGAACAAACAAGAAUUACAAAAUAAUGAUACCCCAGAUGAUAUGUAUGACCAUCCACAGGACGUGAACAACAUCCUCAGUGAUCACACCAGACAAGAUGCAUCCGGAGAAGCAAAAAAGAAUUCUGAAGAUGAUAUUUUCCCAAUACUCAACGUAGAUGAUAAAUACUACGAGUUAUUGAAAACUGCCAUAAUAAUAUGCCUAAAUGAUAUUCUUAUGAAUUGUAUACCUAAAGUAUUUAACAUAUAUAAAAAUUUGAACAUAACAAAUAAUGUGAAGCUAGAAGAUAUAUUAAAUGGUGAAAGGAAAAGGAAAGAACAGUCCUUAAAAUAUCAUAUAAAAUAUACGCAAAACUCUAUUGGAGUAUCAUCCCUUAUUCCUUAUCUCAAAUUAUUUAGCACGGAAAUAUUAAACAACAUUUUGCCAUCAGCUCAGUCCUUAGAAAUACAGCGGUUGAUCAUCCAUUCACUUGAUUUGCAGACAUACAACACGUCCUAUUAA